AUGGGACUUAUCUCGGAAGCGAAAAGGGCUAUGCAAGAUGCCCCAAAGGAAGUUUUCAAUGCCUAUGUUUUAAUGUGUACAUGCUUCUUCGCCCUUUCUGGUGUGUCGAAAGGGUUUGAUGAAGGAAACAUUGCCUCGAUCGUUACGCAAGCUCAUUUUAAGGCCCGCUUUGGUCUCGAUACACAGUCAGAGGAUGAGUAUGCCAACACAAAAGGAUGGCUAGUAUCUAUAGCCACAGCUGGAGCGGUCUUUGGGUGUCUUGGGUGCUCCCCCAUCAACGAUCGAUUUGGCCGACGUUGGACGCUCCGCAUUGCUACAGUCAUCUACAUCGCUGGCGUCUUGGGUCAAGGGCUCUGCGGAGGAAACCUUUCCGGGCUUUAUGCCUCCAGAUUUAUUGCAGGGUUGGGAAUUGGCCCUUUGUCAAUUGUUCCUCCGGUUUAUAUUACUGAGAUCUCGCCGAAAGCUAUUCGUGGUCUUCUUACAGUUCUGUUCGCGGCUUGCCAGCAGCUAGGUGUAGUGCUGGGCUUUUUCGUUAAUUACGGAGUCACUAAACAGUACCCUGGCGUCGACGAGCAAUGGAUGCUCCCCACUCUCCUUCAGAUUGUCCCAGCUGUGGUCUGGGGUUUCGGAACUUUCUUAUGCUCGGAAUCUCCUCGAUGGCUUCUUUACAAGGGCCACCGAGAGGAAGCAGCAGCAACCAUGUCCAAGCUUCGCCACUUACCUCGUGAUCAUUCUGUGGUCCUAUCCGAACUAGCUGGCAUGGACGCUCAAAUAUUGCAUGAAACCGAAGCUGUCAGCAAUGCAACCGUAUGGGACCUCCUAAAGGAGACUUUUGUCCCCGUUGAGAACCGCCGUCGCUUCUUCUUGAUCUUUAUGGCCACGCUGUUCUCCCAGUGGUCGGGCGCCAACGCGAUAACACAGUAUUCACCUACUAUCUUCGGAUACCUGGGAAUCAGUGGGGACGAGGCCAAAUUUUUGGCGACCGGAAUCUAUGGAGUGGUCAAGUUUGUGAGCACGGUGUGCUUUGCAUUAUUCAUUGUAGAUUUUAUCGGUCGACGCCGAUCUUUGAUGACCGGAAUCAGUCUCCAACUGAUCACUUUGAUAUUUGUCGGGGCAUAUCUCGGCGUCACCAGCCAUCUCUCCGCUGACGAGAUCGAGGCGACUCCCAGUGCGUCUCGGGCAUCUACUGCCGCCAUCGUUGCGAUCUUCCUCCACGCGGUGGCCUGGAGUAUUGGCUGGUUUAGUAUCCCUUACCUUGUUGGCUCAGAAAUAUUCCCCAUUCGCAUCCGGUCGUUGAACAUGUCCAUUUCCAUGGCGUUCCAUUGGGCGUUUUAUUUCGGAUGUUCGCGUGCCAUGCCGAGUCUUCUAGCUGCCACGCAUAAGUGGGGAGCCUUUGUGUUUUUUAGCUGUAUUUGUUUGAUAUCAUUGGUUUAUGUGUUCUAUGCCAUGCCGGAUACUACGGGAAGAUCCCUUGAGGAGUUGGAUAGCCUGUUCCAGCGACCGUGGUACACCGUUUACCAGGUGGCCUACCCAUCACGCGAUGAGAUUCAAGUAGAGAGACUGGAGGACAAGGUGUCGGCCGAUGGAACGUCUAAGCACAUUGAGCAGGCUUAG